CCGCGCCCUCCGCCGUGGAGGCCGCGCCGAGAAGAUGGCGGCGCCCGUGUCGCCCUUGGUUACUGCGCGCUGCCUGCUGCGGGCACCGGCGCGGCGUGCUGUCCGUCUGCUGCCGGCACGGGCCCUGUCGAGAGGAAUAGAUUAUUCUAGAAGCUGUAGUGUGCAUGAUUUUUGCCGUCUGCUCCACAAGGCAGCAUAUGCAACUCAGGCAGAGGAUGAAAAGGUGGUUCUUGGUACGCUUACGGAUGCUAAUUCUAGAGCCUUACUGGUUUGCAAUGGACCUUUAGAACAUUAUGACUUUCUGAUUAAGCAAGAAGAGCUGAAGAAUGAUGAACAGCAAAGAAAAGUUGUGCAGCACCUGCAAAAAUUGCACGACAGUCUUAAAGGCUACAGGAUCAGCUCAAAAAAUUUUCUCUCAAAGCUCUUUGCAAAAAACAAACCUCCGAAAGGUCUUUAUGUCUAUGGAGAUGUUGGCACAGGGAAGACGAUGGUGAUGGACAUGUUCUAUUCUCACUUAGAAGUAGAAAGGAAAAAGAGAGUCCAUUUUCAUGGCUUCAUGCUGGAUGUGCACCAGAGAAUACAUCGCCUUAAGCAGAGCUUGCCUAAAAGAAAGCCAGGAUUUAUGGCCAAAUCAUACGACCCAAUUGCACCAGUAGCAGAGGAAAUAAGUGAAGAAGCAUGUCUCUUAUGUUUUGAUGAAUUUCAGGUCACUGACAUUGCUGAUGCCAUGAUUCUGAAGCAGCUUUUUGAAAACUUGUUCCAAAAUGGGGUUGUCGUUGUGGCAACAUCUAACAGGCCGCCAGAAGAUCUCUAUAAAAAUGGUCUUCAGAGAGCUAAUUUUGUACCAUUCAUUGCUGUGCUGAAGAAAUACUGCAGCACAGUCCAGCUUGAUUCUGGAAUAGACUACAGGAAACGAGUGCUUCCUGCUGCUGGAAAACUGUACUACCUCACAAGUGAAGCUGAUGUGGAGGCUGUCAUGGAUAAGUUGUUUGAUGAGCUGGCUCAGAAACAAAAUGAUUUAACUAGACCAAGGAUUCUAAAAGUGCAAGGCAGAGAGCUGAGGCUGAAUAAAGCGUGUGGAACCAUUGCAGACUUCACAUUUGAAGAGCUGUGUGACAGACCUCUUGGGGCCAGUGACUACUUGGAAAUAUCAAAGCAUUUUGACACAGUCUUUGUUCGUGACAUCCCACCUCUUACCAUGGCAAAAAGGACUCAAGCUCGGCGUUUCAUUACUCUGAUUGAUACCUUUUACGAGCAUAAGGUGCGCAUUAUCUGCUCUGCAGCGACUCCUCUCCAAAGCCUGUUUGUGGUAGAAGCCGGCAGCAGUGAGCUGGAGGACAGCAGAGUGUUGAUAGAUGAUUUGGACUUGAGCCAGGAUUCUGCCAAAGGUCUCUCCAUGUUCACGGGAGAAGAGGAAAUCUUUGCAUUUCAGCGUACUAUCUCACGGCUCACAGAAAUGCAGACUGAACAAUACUGGAAAGAUGGGGACAGAAACAAAGAGCGGUUGUAAUUAAAAGUUGAAUAAAAGCACCAGAAAAUAUGCAAAGAAGUAAACUUCAGAAUUAGAAGGCCUUAUAGCACAACCGAAGUAAUAAUGGCACUUUAUCAUCUGGAUUGUAUUUCUUUCGUUGUUUGGUUUUCAUGCUUAGGACAUGAAGACUUAUUCUUCCGUACCCUCAGUAUGUGGGCAUGUGAAAUUUUACCUUCGUUUUAUUCUCUGUGAAACAUAAUUUGAUGUUGAGGAAGUGUGACUGGAUGAGAAUUAGUCUGGAGACAAAGUCACUGGGCUCUGCAGGAUUCACAGUGGGUCGGGAAUGCUGUUACCCAAAGAGGGCACUUUGUGGAUCACGCACUGCGUCUGUCCCCUCUUGCACCGUUUGCACAAAAGAGGGAUAGAAGGCUUUCUUGAUGGAGCUCCUGAUGUUCCGUAGCUCUCUGCGGAGAGCUGCAUUGCUCCUUUGUAAUGCAUUCUCCUCUGUUUUUUUUCCUCUCUGUUUUCUGUGUGUAACCAUCUGCUGACUUUCAGACUCCAAGAGUUUCAUGUAAUCAGCCCAUUGCUCAGUUUGGUUAAUACAGAACUAACCGUUUGAUUCCUGAGCAGCCUGAGGAGGAGCUAGAGGGUGCUGGAAAUCUCAGAGGAUUAAACCCAAGUAAUCACAUAAGGUAAAAGAAACUACCUUGGCAGUGUAUACCAUAAUUUGAAAGUGCAACUUAAUACUUGCCCUGUAUUUUCCAUUUCUUGCAAGCUGGGUUUGUUCCUUUCACUCUAGUUAUGUGUUUCUGAACUUUCAUCUCUGCAGCACCUUCCAUCACUAGUGACACAUCUGCCCUGAGCUGGCAAUGGCAGGACAGUGCUACUGAGGCAGUUGCACCAUUUUGCAAUACAAGUGUGUUUUACCAAAAUAUAUUGUUUUGGUAAAAUAUCAUUACAAAAAUAUUCAUCUCUGCUUUUAUGAUGCUUGUUUGAGCCCUAACCCCCCUCACAAUUAAAGCAGGCUUUUAAAAGGGACUUUUUAAUAGGAGGAACUGGAUAGGUCCUGUGCACUUAGAGUUGUUACAGCAGUACAGAUGCUUUGGGAGUCACAUGCUCAAGUCUGGAUUCCUGUUCUGACCACUACUUUGGCCUGGGCUGUGCCAGCUUUCCAAAUAAUCAUUAGAGCCUAUGCUUAUAGUUUACAAUUGAUGUGACUGUGUUAUGCCCACAAGAGUGACUACACCUGAGAAUUUUAAUGUAUAUUUAUGAAAAAUCCAAUGAGAACGUAUUAUGUUUACUUAGGAAUUGAUGAAGAAUGGAUGUAUGCUUUCAGGGAUUUUUUUGUUUUGUUUCUCAAAAGAGAGACUGCUGAGAUUCAUGCACAUCUGUGUGUAUACACAGACACAUAGAUGUAUACUUCAUUUAUACGUACCUAAGUGUAGGUAAAGCUAAUGCAUAUAAUUUAAGUGUGUGGUCAUAUAUUUGUACAUAGCAAUCUCUGCUUAUCAGCCUGUCCCAACCUUACAGCUGUCCUGAAGUUUCAGCUUAGACUCAACUUUUCUUUUUUUCUAAUUGCAUGAAAUGCCCUUGGCCUUGUCCAGGCUAGAAUUUAUUGUGGUAGAUAUAUAUUUUUUUGCAUUAUUUAAAAAACAGUGCAUAUGUUUAGCUCCUAUGUCCUCCUCUGUCUGUGAUAGAGAAGAAAAGCAGAAUCUUGCAGAAAUGCAGGUAAGACAUGGGACACGUGAGAGAGGAGCUCUGGCAGGCUGUGUUCCCACAGAACUUAGCCUGUGGAAGCAGAGUGCUUUCUCUAAGUCUCUGUGGGUUAACCUCAUUAAACCAGGGCUUCCCAGGAGCCCUGGGGCUGAUGUGCUUGUGCUCCAGCAGGCACAGCUUUGCCUGAUGGUAUUUGAGGCUUUCCUGUAUUCCGCACUGACCCCAAACUCAGAUUCUCCAAGUUUCAUGGUAUCAUAGACUCAUUAAGCUUGGAAAAGAUCACUAAGAUAAUGGAGUCCAACUGUCAACUCAUUGCCACCGUGCCCCUAAGCCAUGUCCCUCAGUGCCACAUCUACCCUUUUCUUGAAAAUCUCCAGAAUUUUCUGGAAGCACAGCCCCUAAUUGCAGCAGGCCUGCAAUUCAGAAUCAUUGAAAGCCCCCUGGGAUACAGGUUAGCUCUGCUGAACCGUGGGAGGGAAGCCACGUUCCCAGAAGCUUCCAGAGUCAGCACUGCUCCCAAAGCACAUUCCUCAGUGAAGCCAUAGUGCAGCCUUGACUUGGCCAGCUAGGAAGCCUUCUGCUGGGAUUCUUUGGUAGGUGCUGCCAGCAAUCAGGCAGAGGAAAUGGGGAAUAUUUCAGAAGCAUUUGGGGGCUGAAAGGGGCUGGAAAAACAGGAAAAGCUGCUAUAAUCUGUGCAGCAUUUGUGGUUGCACUGAGAGCGUGGAUUGCUGCACUGAGGUCAGGACCACAAAGAGAAGUUGCUGGGACCAAUCUAUCUACCAGCCUGGAUGCCAGAGCAGAGAUCACUGCAGUACCUGCAGAAGAAGCAUAUUUGCAUGUAUCCACUUCCCUAAAGAAUGUAAAGCCAUAUAUGCUUCUUGUAGGUGUCAUUUAUAAUUAUGUGGCAUGCAUAAAUUCUCUUUCCAAUGACAAUUUUGGGGUGGGAGGGACCUGAGGCCAAAUAGCUUCCAGGCAAUUGAGCAUUGUAUGAGAUGUGUUCCUCAGGCGUGAAUUAAUUAAAACAUUAAGAUGUUUUAGUUGCCAAAAUGCAAACAAUGAAAUGCCUGUGAAUAAAUUGUCCCUUAAUGGCCUUGAAAUUGCUGGAUUUAUGCUAUUCCAAGAUCCAGCAGGGGCUUCUUGGGCUUUUCUUAUCUUGCAAACUCAUGUCACCUCAGAUCCGCAACGUGUUUUUGUUUAACUCUGAGUUACUGAGUGAGCAUCAGUGUGAUUCUUUGAAACACUUACUGCAACCUUAUUGGUGCAGUAUGAUAUUUUGCUGUCAUAGAAAGUAAAAUUCAUGUGAUUAUGGACCACAUGAAGUGCUUCGUGUUGGUUUGUAAAGGCUGCAUCCUGGCUGAGAAUCUCUUGGCCAAUGUGUUGCAAAUACCUGACUGACAAAGGAACCAUGGAGUCACCAAGGUUGGAAAAGACCUCAGAGAUAAACUAUUUCCCAAUGUCCAGCAAUUCAAGAUACAAUCUCUGUGAGUGUUGUUACUUUAUCCGUGUAGACAACCCAUCUUUAAAGCUUCAUUUGCCUUUCACAUUCUUGUGCAGUAGCUCUUUCAUUGUUAUUUUUUUAAACAAAUAACAAAAUUCUGUCGUUCUAAGCUACUGGUUUUCAUUGUUUGCCUUUGCACAAAUGGAGGGAACAACGGCAGUAUUGUGGGCACAGUGAGACAGCCUACCCGAGGCCUUCAUAGGAAUUGGAGGUGUGCUUCUUACAGUGUUAUUUUGAUCUACAAAGGAAAACCACCAGUGGCUUUUUGUGAAUAAAUGUGAUCAUAGUGACACUGCAGCUGGGUAGAUGUCACCUGCUUUGCAGCAAUGUAACCACGAAUAAAAUGACCAGGUUUCAGCCGGUGCUCAUCACGGCCACCAGGCAUCUGCCAAGGAGGAGGAAGAGUGUCUCCAUCAAGAGCCAGAGGAUGCAGAUCCAGGAGGUCGCUUCCUGCAGCUGUCUGGAUCUAAACUGCCCCCCCUCAGUUCCCUGUUGAUAAAAUGAGAAUGUUAUUGUCUUAUUCACUAGCACUGGAGUGCUGCUGAGCUUAGUUCGUAACUAUUUGGAUACACCGAGGCUGUGGGAUGAAAGUGUAUAAACAGUACAAAAGAAAAUUAGCUGCUCCGUGAGGAGUUUGGGAUUUGGGUUACAGAAUGAAUGCCUUCAACUAAACACCACGUGCCUCUUUGCAGAGUCUUUGUUUUAUUAUUAUUUUAUUUUUUGUGAAACGCAACUAUUUUAAAGAAAAAAAGAGCAAUGUGAUUAAAACCUUACAUAUUCAGGCUGUUUUCCUUGUAGCUGUAAUGACAGAUUGUCUUCAUACAUUUCAUUACAGCAUUAGCUCCUGUACCUGUGAGCUACAGCAGCUUUGUAAAUUCUGUUGGGAUUUUCAUCUUGAUGGAUACUGAGAAUUUUUUAAAAUAUGUAAUUUUGAGUCUAAUAUAUAAAUGAGCCCUGUUAAAUCCUUCCGUUAUUUGAAAAUAAGUUAUGUUGUAAUAUAGAAAAAAGUAAUACAUCCAGAUUUUAUAAGUAUUUCACUUAUUGUUCCCACUAUUUCUUGUACAUGUUCUGAACAGAUUCGGGUUUGUCCUCAUCUAUUACUGCUGCCAAUAGCCUGGCCCUGGCAGGCUCUCAUUUCUGUCUUGGAAACCAUUUUUUCACAUCUCUCUCUUCUCCAGCAGCCUGAGGGUUGGUGCUCCAUCUCAGAGCAAACCACAAUUAAAACGCUCUCUUUCUUCUGCUAGUAUGGGGUUCUUAUUGCUUGAGAGCUGCUUUCACUGUCAGCCAAUUAGUUCUGCAGUUGGCAAUGGGAUUUGCACAGCUUGGAACAUCUGAUGAAGAAGGAAGAGCAUAAGCCCGAUGUGUCUAUUGACAGAGGUAUGGGAAAUAUUCUUCACCUUUAAAAUCACAACUUGUGCAAAACGGUUGAUCUCUACUUUUUAAACUAGUAAGGUGAAUUUGCAAAGCAUCCUGCUUGGGUGAGCAAUGGGGCAAGCUCAGAGCAAAACUGCUCUGCUGUGGUUCUGCUCUGAGCCAGACUGGGGAUCCUGUACUGCCCAGGCUGGAAAGCAGAACAUUUUAAUUGAGAAGCAGUCACCUCUUACACCUCCCUCUAUGCACUCUGCAGCACGGGAGGACUCUGCUGAUACCUGGUGAUAAAGAUGAUCUGGAAAUUUCUCCAUAGGACGUUAAAGAUUCACCAAGGUGUCUGAAGCAGGAGGCUGCAUCCUGCCCGUGUUUCAUCUCACGUAACAUCACUUCCUUUGGAGGUUCUGCUGUGAAGCACAGCGCUGCUCCUCUCGAUGCAGGGAGCGAAGCGGCAGGACAGCGGGAGCAUCCGCGACCCUGCAAAGCAGGAGAUGGUUCUGACCCUUUGGCUACAGCAGCGCCUGUGUUUUCCCUCCUGUGUGCUAAGAAGCAGGGCUUGCGGUGGCAGCUCGACUUGUGAGAGCAGAGGGAGGACAGAGCAGAUGGGGGAUGCAGGCCACUUACUCCCUCUCCAGCCUUCUGCAUUCUCCUCAUAUUUGUAAAACAACUUUUGUUUCAAAUUGAAUUGAAUUCUAAGAGCGUCAUUAAAACACAGAAAUGCUUCUCACUGA